AUUACUUACUUGCAGUUGCAAUUCUGCUUUGUUUAUUUUUUUGCAAAUUUUGCCGAUAUAGAGGAGAAAUUUCGCAAAACUUUUGUUUGGAUAUAUAAUACAACAACUCGAUUUGUUGGAGUUCACCUCAACUACACAGCCGGAGAAUGAACAACAUAAUUAUUUUAUUAUUUCUUAUCUCCAGUACUUGCAAUACGCUUCUAAUCAAAUGGACAAAUACAUUAAAGGGUGAAUGUUAUGAUGGCAAAUGGCGUUAUUUUCAGCAUCCAGUCGCCCUGACCUUUUUGAUGUUCUUGGGUGAAUGCAUCUGUUUUCUUAUCUACAAAACUAUAUUUGCUUUACUGCGUAGAAGAAAUGAUGGCUCCGAAGAUAACAAUCUACUGACAAGCGGUGACCGUGAAUUUCGACCUAUGGCAAUGCUUUUACCGGCAUUUUUGAAUACCAUAACAACGGUUAUGUUAUUGACCGGUCUCUAUUUGACCUAUGCAUCUAGUUUUCAAGCUAUACGAUGCUCCACCAUCAUUUUCAUCGGCCUGUUUGGAUCGAUCUACCUAAAUCAAAACCUGAUUGGACGUCAUUGGUCAGCAAUAAUCAUAAUUGCAUGCGGUCUUACUAUUAUCAUCUCAACGGACAUGCAACGAAUAGUCUACGACCAGGCAUCUUUGGCUCAUCCGAAUUCAAAUGCUGUUCUGUCAGGAGAUUUAUUAAUUAUUUGUGCCUCCAUAUUUCAGGCAGCCAAAAUGAUCUACGAAGAGAAAUAUGUGAAGGCGUGUAAUGUACCCAUUCUCCAGGCCCUGGGCUGGCAAGGUGUCUUUGGUGUGGUGAUAACUGGCAUCUUGGGUAUCUGUAUGAAUUACCUACCCACACCGAUAUCACCAUUCAACGACAGUUCCCGUGAAGUUUUCGAUGAUUUACAGGAUAUCUUUAGCCAAUUGCAAAGCAAUCCAUGGCUCAUUGUUGCUGUGUGUAUCUUCGUUGUUACCACCGCCAUACAUGGCUAUACCAGUUUAGCCAUAAUUCGCUUCUCGUCUUCGGCAAAUCUCAUACUGGCCGAUAGCAUUCGUUGUUAUUUGGUUUGGCUAAUGGCCUGCCUCUUGGAAUGGGAAUAUAUUAAUUUGGUCACCAUAAUUGGUUAUGUUAUUCUACAGCUCGGUUUGAUCACCUAUCGACGGGCCAUCAUCUUGGAAUGGUAUCGUUCGAUACUGUUACGUUUGGCCCGUAAUCGUUAUGCCGAAAUGACUGCCGAUCCGGCAACGGGUAUUGGAGGUGCUGGUAUACCAACAAAUCGCCCAGCUGAUAUAAUUUAAAAAGACGAUAUGGUGCUUAACAAAGUUAUUUAGAUUUUUUUGUCAUCUAUUAUUUCGAUUGUUGUAUGUGAUAAACAAUAUGGAAGAAAAACAAAACAAAAAAAGGAAAUCUUCAUUAAACAAAGAGAAAUAAAGAAUAAUAUUAGAGCAUAGCUAUAGAAUUGAUAUAAAGCGAUAAAAAGUGGUCGCCCAUAUUGAAAGUAAAGUGAUUUAUAAGACUUGUUUGUAUAAGUUGCAGGAGAAUUUAAAAAAAAGAAAAAUAAAUUAAGUAGAAUGUAUACCGAAGGAAA